GAGACCGCGAGUGUAAACUGUCCUAGAGAUUCUACUAACGGCCAAUGAUAUCUGCCAUCCUCUACCAUAUUACCUUCCUGGUCCCAUCUUCAGCAGAUACCAAUCCCUCCCGAUCGAAUUGUCCACUAUGUCAGCUUCAGCCACUCAGAUUCAGACUGCCCAGCAGCCGCAGGAGAAGCUGAAACUAUCCAAUAGCCCACCGGGACGAACUUUAACAGCUGCGCAGGAAGCAAUUUCUGCUGGAGGAUAUACUUUGCCAGGCCUGCCCACAUUCUCGAAUUUCGAAAGUCAUCGACAAUGGAUCCGAGAACACAUGGCGGCCGCCUUCAGGUCAAUGGGCAGACAGGGCCUGGCAGAAGGACUUGCAGGUCACAUCUCUGUCAGGGAUCCAGAGCAUAGUGACAGAUUUUGGAUGAAUCCACUUGGUGUUCAUUUCUCAAUGAUGAAGGCAUCUGAUAUGGUGCUCGUUGACUACAAAGGCAAUGUGGUCGGAGGGAAUAAGGUUGCUGUCAAUGCGGCUGGCUUUCAAAUCCAUUCCGCAGUCCACCGUGCUCGCCCUGACGUCGAUGCUGCUUGUCAUGAUCAUGGAAUAUCUGGUCGGGCCUGGUCUGCAUUUGGAAAGCCCUUGGAUAUGCUUUGUCAAGACUCUUGUGUCUUCUAUGACGCACAUUCAGUAUACAACAACUUUGGCGGAGUAGUAUUCGAAGGCGAGGAGGCAGAACGCUUGGCGCAUAGCGUUGCUGGAAAGAACAAAGCUGUGAUAUUACAGAAUCACGGGCUGUUGACAGUCGGAGAGACAGUUGACGAAGCGACGUACUUGUUCCAAUUGAUGGAAAGGUUGUGCGAAAUUCAGUUGAAGGUGGAGGCAGCAGCUGCGCCUGGAAACUUGGAGAAAGUAUUUGUCAAAGAGGACGCAGCAAAGUACACUUUCGAAAUGGCGCAAGAUCCUUUGACUUUGUAUCAAGAAUUCCAGCCUACAUUCAAGUAUGAGUUGUGGAAGAGUAAAGGCGAGUUGAAAGGAUAGUUUGCUAAAUUAAAAUGCCGUUUCUCUGUUGUUCCGGUCUAAUAAUGCCUUCGGUCGUCGCGAUACCGAUGUCCAGGCAUUUCUGAUAUUGUA